AUGGAUUUUUUCCGUGGACCUCGCACAGGUCAUCGAGUCGACGUUUACUGGGAUCCCCCACUAGGAGAAUUCAUCCGCUAUCACCACAACCAAGUCCUCUACUUCGACUACAGCGUCAUCACUCCCAAGAACGAUGACACCCCCAACCCAUACCUCGAUCGCACUCAAGACUCAUACAAUAACCAUUCCACCCCUCCCCCUCCACCCAUUUGUGUUAACAGUGCUUCUUCACGCACCUCUUCCCCUGUCUCCCUUCAUACCAGAAAGAACAAUCCCACUUCGCCCAGUCUCCGACCCUCGAAACGCGCCACCGAACGCAACCGCCGCGACCCCUACAGCUAUCUCUGGAAGUUAGUCGCCUAUUCGGGUGGACUCAAUGCGCACUUACAGAAACAAAGACAACAGCGACAGGAGAAGCUGAAGGAGCCGAAGGAGCAGCAGCAACAGGUGCCACUGGCAGUGUACAUGCAUGGCGAUGAAUCCUCACAACAACAACUUCAACAUCAACAACAACAACAACAACAACAACAACAACAACAACAACAUCAGUCUCAGUCCCAAUCUCAAUCUCCUCAGCAACAACAGCAGCCUUUGAACCGUGGUCCUGUUCUCGUCCACUCCUUCACGCACUACGGUCAGAGAUCCAUCUACCGCCGCCAGAACAACAACUACCACCAGAGUCGAAGAUACAGCAACCAUGUACUGACCAGCAACUACAGCCAGGGCUACAACAACCAACACAGUCAAAGUUACAACCAUCCGGGCCAGGUUCAAAGUCAUUCCCAGAGCCAAGGUUUCAACCAAGGCCAGUGCUACAACCAAACUCGGACCUCCCACACUCACAAUCACAACCACAACCACAAUCACGCCCACGAUCACAACCAGCCUCAAAACUACACCAACUCCGCCCAAUCCAACGACUACACUCAAACCUACAACGACCAAGCGCCGACCAACUACUUCAGCCUAGCAACAAAGUAUGUCCAAACUCUCGACCAGUUACAGGGGUUCAAUUACCGAUCGUCGACUGGGGACCGGUUGGUUCAGGAGCAUCUGGAAGAAUGCAGAUGGAGUGCAGCCAAGUUUGAGACUUAUCUAAAUAACUUGCACUCGAAGCUUGGUGGACAAAGUUCGACUGUGCCUCAUCCUCCUCCUACUUCUACUACUACUAUUGUUUCUCAGGGACGAGAUAGUCCUGUGGCUGGCGAUGAUGGGCGUAGUCAGUGUCAGUGGCAGGGCAGACCGGAGACUGAGCAAGAGGAGAUGGAAGAGAAACUGGGGACCGAGAAGAAGGAGAAGGAAAAAGGGAGGAAAAUAGAGGCCGAACAGGAGGCAGAAAUGGAAAAGGAAAAAGAAGAGGAGAAGGAGCAAGAGUAG